ACAGACGUCACAACAAUCGUCACCUCGGCGUCAUGGCAACUACGAAAAACCUCUCUAAAUCUUCUCAUACAUUCGCUAGUACAGAUUGUCAAUAAAUAGGUCCUAUAUUACGAGGGUGUUCAGAAGACUGCCCGACUCGCACGAAGAGUGUCAGAUAGUUACACGCGACCUCAACCAUGCCACCGGCCCAGACUUCAAGUGACUCUGUGGAGGUAAAGAAGGUAGCCAUCCACUGGUUUCGCCACGGUCUCCGUAUCCAUGACAACCCUGCCCUCCUGGAGACGGUUGAGGAAGGCUGGGAACUCUACCCGGUGUUCAUCUUUGAUGGAGAAGUAGCGGGGACGCGCACCGCUGGAUACAACCGCAUGCGAUUUUUGAUUGAGUCCCUUCGGGACCUUGACGAGACCUUCAACAACUAUGGUGGACGUCUGUAUGUGUUCACCGGAGACCUGAUGAACAUUCUAGGAAACCUUAUCAAGGAAUGGAAUGUUUCCCGUCUGUCGUUCGACGCAGAUGUUGAGGCAAUCUGGCACAAACGUGACCAGGAUGUGCGUAGACUGUGCUCGGAGCUCGAUGUGGAGGUUGUGGAGCGCGUGUCACAUGUGCUGUGGGACCCAAAGGAUAUUUUGGAGAACAACGGCGGCAAGCCCCCGCUGACCUACUCGUUGUUCAAUCAAGUCGCCCGUGCUGUUGGGGAUCCUCCGAAAACUGUUGAUGACCCAGAUUUCUCAAAGGUCACCUUCAAGGUCAAAUCAAACCAUGACAAACUGUUUGGGAUCCCGGACGUUGAAACAUUGGGUGUUUUCCCCGAGUGUGAGCAGCAGAAUCAGCGGCAUAACAACUGGGUGGGUGGAGAGACAAGGGCCCUACAGCUGCUGUCUCAGAGAAUGCAGGUGGAGAAGAUGGCAUUCAGCGUUGGCAUGGUGAUGCCCAAUCAGACGUUCCCCAAUGUAUCCGGGCCGCCUCUUAGCAUGAGCGCCCACCUCAGGUUUGGUUGUCUCUCCAUACGCAAGCUGUACUGGGUGCUGAGGAACGCAUUUGAAAAGUCUCAUCCCGGGAAGGGGUUCAGCAAUUCCGCCAUCGGUCAGCUGCUGUGGCGUGAGUAUUUCUACACGAUGUCGGUGAACAACAUCAAUUAUGACAAGAUGGAGGAGAACCCGAUCUGCCUGAAUAUUCCCUGGUACAACGACCAGGAAAAACUCAAGAAAUGGGAAAAUGGUGAGACUGGGUUUCCCUGGAUUGAUGCGAUCAUGAAGCAGUUGAAACAUGAGGGGUGGAUCCACCAUGUGUGCAGGCACGCCACCUCCACCUUCCUGACCAGGGGCGAUCUCUGGUUGAACUGGGUUGAUGGACUUAAGGUGUUUACCAAGUACCUGCUGGAUGCUGAUUGGUCAGUGUGUGCGGGAAACUGGAUGUGGAUGUCAAGCUCGGCAUUUGAGAAGGUGCUGCAGUGCCCCAAGUGCUUCUGUCCCGUACGGUAUGGACGCAAGAUGGACCCCGAUGGUGUUUAUAUCAGGCGCUACCUACCGGUGCUGAAGGACAUGCCUCUGCGCUACCUGUUUGAGCCCUGGAAGGCCCCAAAGUCUGUGCAGGAGAAGGCCAACUGCAUCAUCGGUGUGGACUACCCCCUUCCUAUGGUGGAGCAUGGCAAGGCCUCCAAGCAGUGCUACAACAUGAUGAUGGAGGUCAAGAAUAAACUCCUUGCCACUGGAAAAGAAAUGGAGCUGUGUGGCCCGGCCAACACGGAGGAAGUGGCUCAGUUUGUAUGGAUGCCUGGUAACCACGCAGGCACCUGUCACCAGGGUGAGGAGGAGGCCAAUCCCAGCAUGCUCUGUGAUGGCCUCAUGGGAAUGUGAACUGUGGAACGUGAGAGGUUGACCAGCAGAUUGGCUUGUUAUGUGAGCUUUAGGUUUCAGGAUUCUGUCUUAUUAAAGUUUUAAAUGUAAUGGCAUUAUAAGUUACGUCUGGGUAAACAGAUCAGGUACCAUAUUCAGAUUUUUACUUAUGUUAAAUAACAUUCCUCAUUAAAAUUUAUAUGUUAAAUUAUGAUUAUGAAAAUAAAUUAUUGACAUUACAAUCAAAG